AAAAUAACAGAACCUGUUUGAUACGAUGACGUUUCGUCUAUGUUUUUGUGAAGCUUUUAGUAGCACAAUAUUCGUGUUAGUGUUUGUUUUAAACGAAAAUUAAAUCAUAUAGUGCGUGAAAUACUCGGAUAAUAUCAAGAUAUAAUCGAAAUAAAUCGUUAGUGCGUCUGCGCGUGUUGAAUUACAUCGUAUAAUUGUAUAAACGCUUACCUGAAUGAAAUUAAUUGUGUGAUUGCAAAUCGCUUUAUACGGAAAAGUAUGUGACGAACUUAUUUUAAAAUGUGUAUUUCGUGUAUGUGGAUAGUUCGAUGUGCAAAAAAUUGUGGUUGAGAAAUGGGUGACAGGUUGAAACACCCAUUUAAAGUGAAAGAAAAAACAUAUAUAGUGAAUUCCCUAACAUGGAUUUGAUCACGGAUUUGUCACAGCUAAGCCCCGGUCUUAUAGACGAGUUGGAGGCAUUCAUGGCCCCCGUCGGCGAGGGAUGUUAUCAGCCUCAGCCAAUCGACGCCCGCCGAAUAGGGGGCCACCAACUACCAGAGAGUCCACCAGAUUCCGGUUCAGAAAACCCUUACAGUCCAGAGACUCAAGUGUCUCAUACCAUUGCGGUAUCACAAACAGUCCUCGGAGCUGAUUAUAUGUUGGUUCCAGACCAUAUAACAUCCCACGAGAUCUUACAUCAAAAUGGUGACUACAUAUACGAAGAAUUAAAAGCAGAUAAUAUCGACCAUGAAGUCUUAAGGAACAAUUUAAACGAAGUGGUGGUUUUGCCCCAAGAUUCUAACAUAGAUCUGGGAUUGAGAACUGUUCGCCACGAUAUGGGCCUAUCGGAGCAGAUCGCUUACCAAAACAGAUACAAUCAAAUAAGGGUCGAAUUGCCGGAGCUGGAACAGGGCAUGAUUAACCCUCAGCUAGUGUCGCUGGGACAUGAGACCCUGACGCCCGUGUACACGAAUCUACAGGAACCAAGCACCAAGAAGAGAAAACAUUCGCAAGAUAUUAAUUCUCAAGUGAAAUGUGAGCCAGCUGCCCUGUCACCAGAGAGCGUCGUGGUCCGUCCACCAGCUUCGGUAGACGGAUCGGAGGCUGGUGACGAGUCGCCGUUACAGUGCAUACGUUUUGCCCAUUUCCAACAAAAUAUCUGGCAUUCACUGUACGAUUGCAACGCGAAGUUAUUACCACCUCCUUCCUACAUCGUCGGAGCGGACAAGGGUUUUAAUUUCUCCCAAAUAGACGAAGCCUUCGUUUGCCAGAAGAAGAACCACUUCCAAGUGACGUGUCAGAUCCUUAUGCAGGGCGACCCUCACUAUGUCAAGACGGCAGAAGGCUUCAAGAAGAUAAAUAAUUUUUGUCUCCACUUCUACGGUGUUAAGGCAGAAGAUCCCAGUCAGGAAGUGAGGAUCGAACAAAGCCAGUCCGAUAGAACGAAGAAACCAUUCCAUCCUGUUCCUGUGGAAUUACGUCGAGAAGGCGCUAAGGUGACGGUCGGUAGGCUUCACUUUGCCGAAACCACCAAUAACAACAUGCGAAAGAAGGGUAGACCUAAUCCAGACCAGAGACAUUUCCAGCUGGUGGUGGCUCUACGAGCGCACACCACCCACGCUGAUUACAUGGUAGCGGCCCAUGCCAGCGACAGGAUAAUCGUCAGGGCAUCAAACCCCGGGCAGUUCGAGUCGGACUGCACAGAAAACUGGUGGCAGCGUGGCGUGUCAGAGAACAGCGUCCAUUACAACGGUAGAGUCGGUAUCAACACGGACAGACCAGACGAAGCCUGCGUUAUAAAUGGUAAUCUGAAAGUGAUGGGCCAUAUUGUACAUCCUUCGGACGCGAGGGCUAAACAUAAUAUCGAAGAGCUGGACACGGCGCAGCAGCUGAAGAACGUGCAGAGUAUAAGAGUGGUCAAGUUCACGUACGACCCGUCGUUCGCGCGGCACUCGGGGCUGCUGGGCCGCGACCCCGCGGCGGGCGCGCCGGCCGACACGGGCGUGCUGGCGCAGGAGGUGCGCCGCGUGCUGCCCGACGCCGUGCGCGAGGCGGGCGACGUGGCGCUGCCCGACGGCGACACCAUCCACAAGUUCCUCGUCGUCAACAAGGACCGUAUCUUUAUGGAGAACCUCGGAGCUGUCAAGGAGCUGUGUAAAGUGACGGGUAACCUGGAAUCCAGGAUCGAUCAACUGGAGAGGAUCAACAGGAAGCUCUGCAAGAUCAGCGUUCUUCAGAGGAGAGACAGUUCUAGAUCUAGCAUUAGUAAUGAUUCGCGUUUUUCCGGCGUAUCGACAUCAUCGAAGUCAUUCUACAGCGACGGUAACAUUUCCAUCGACCAGAUAAGGGACAUCGCCCGAAGCAUCCGCAAGCAUGAAUGUUGUCACAAAUUGAGCCACAAUUCCCCGAAAUUUACACGCAAACAAUGCAAAAAUUGCCACGGCAGCUACUCGAAAUACGGCAAAUAUUAUAAUUACAAUAAAACCUGCGUCAGAUAUCAUUCCAGCAAAGAAAAAGUUGAAGAUCCAAAAGUCUAUCCCGCUUAUAUAAAUACAAUUGAAAGCACCCAAAAGUUGCCAGAGCAAAAUUAUACGAACACGUCCAAAAAGAAGGAUUCUUGUCUAUGGCUAAAAGACGACGACAGUUUCGGUAAUGGCAACACUAAUUUGGCUUUCUGCUGUCGAAGAAAAUACAGAUACGGGGAUGCCAGUAAUGAAUUGAUAUCAAAUAAGUUUCUACAAAUUAUUAUAACUGUACUAAUAUUCAUAAUGGCCGUAUGCCUGGUGGCGAUGUCGGCGCUGUACUUCCGCGAGCACCGCGAGCUGCUGGCGGCGCGCGCCCGCGCGCUCGCGCCCGCGCCGCGACACGAGCCGCGCGCGCACAACCGCAUACAGAAUCUGAAAUCACAGCACUCGGUCGCUAAGAAGACUAAAGAGAAAGGUCCUUAUAAAACGAGUCCAGACUACACGACAUCGACCCCCGACCCCCACUUCGUGGCGACGACUCUGCACGCAUCGAGAAAUUACGUGAAGAAUGUCCUAAACAUGGAGCAAACAUCCCAAUCUCCCCAAUUGGAUACGCCAGUAAUUCUGACUCGAAUCGCUGACGUCAUCGGUAGCGGGUGCACGUUCACCGUGAACUCAGAUAACGAACUGGACGCUGAAUGUCAGUCUUCCUGUGGCCUCGACCCUCCACAGACAUACGAAAACCAGGAACCCUUAGAACGUUCUAAAACAGAUAAAGAGUUAAACGAGACAUACCCGAGAACCCUAGAGACAUUACCCAAAGAUAAACUACCCCUGACCCCAGUGAUACCAGAGAAGAACAAUUCAAAAAUACAAAAAACUGAAAACGAUUCUCUCAAAAACGCAAUUCAUGAGGAUAUAAUGGCCGAAUCGAAUUACUUGGAGCAGAAUAAAGUGAACGGAUCGGAGAGCGGGAGAUUGAGGAGAGAUGUGCGGGGCAAGUUGACGAGAGAUAUAAGGGAGACCAAUGAGGCACUGCUGAGGAGCAGCUCCGAGGAGAUGAUCAUAGAGCAAUCGGAAGAGAUAAGUAUGCCAGAGUGCGACACGGUGUCGGUGGGCGUGUCGAGCGCGGCGCAGGCGAACGCGAGCGUGUUCGCGGCGCGCGCGUGCUCGCGGGCCGCGCACAACUACUCCUACGCGGUGCCGCUGUCGCGCUGCCUGCGCGCCGAGCGCCUCGACCUCACCUUCAGAUCGUCAAAACUAAAGGAAAUGCGUCUGUGCGAACUCCAUUGCAAGUACGACACGAUCAAGAAUUGUCAGCUGAACCGUGAGAUUGCGAAGCCGAUACCGACGGGCGAGUUUUGGACGUCGAAAAUGACAUUGGAAUGCAACAUGGACAGACGCGUGAAGAUUAGAGCGGCGUUUGUGCCUCUAAAGGAUUUGUGCUAUUUGAGCCCAGACAGCAAGACACCCUUCCUAGAAUUCAACAUGCACGUCUAUAGAGAUUGUCGUAACUAAUUUUUUUUUUUUAUAUGUCUCAGGCAUUGACUUGAUAUAAACAUCACAAAUUAUAUUUUUUUUAUUAUUAUUUUUUUUUUUAACUUUAAAACAUUCCUAGAAGUGCAAUUAUAUAUCCGUCCGGAUUAAUUCUAAUAUAUAUAUAUUUAUUUUUUAUAUAUACGUUCAACAUUCCUAGAGCUUUAAAAUUAAUGGAAUUUAGUAUGACGUGUAAUUUUAUUCUGGCGA